UGAUGAAGUAUCGUGCUCAUAUGAAUGUUGAAUGGUGUAACCAGUCUCGAUCGAUAAAGUAUUUAUUUAAAUAUAUAAAUAAAGGCCGUGAUCGAGUUACGGCUGGCUUUUUCAGCAACGUCAAUGCCGAUGGGGCAAACAAAGAAGUUGAUGAGAUCAAGAUGUAUUAUGAUUGUAGAUAUGUGUCUCCAUGUGAAGCUUCGUGGCGCAUAUUUAGUUUUGAAAUACAAUAUAAAAAUCCACCCGUCGAGCGGCUUAGCUUUCACUUCCAUGAAGAGCAGCCUGUUCUUUUUUCCGAUGGCGACCAAUUGGAUAAAGUUCUUGAUCGAAUGAGUGUGAAGGACAGCAUGUUUUUAGCUUGGAUGGAAGCGAAUAAGAAGUACCCUGAAGCGAGAUCGCUGACAUAUGCUGAAUUCCCACAGAAGUUUGUUUGGAAACAAAAAACUAGGGAGUGGUGUCCGAGAAAGAUGGCAUUUGCUAUUGGACGAAUUUAUUAUGUUCCACCGGGAAGCGGUGAGUCGUAUUAUUUACGUUGUCUUCUCAAUCACAUUCGUGGAGCGACAUCAUUUGAAGAUCUCAGAACAGUUCAAAGUGUGAUAUACAACACUUACCGUGAAGCAUGCUAUGCCAUGGGAUUGUUGGACGAUGAUAAAGAAUAUAUUGAUGGGAUCCAUGAGGCAAGUCAUUGGGCAUCCUCAGUUUCUUUGAGGAUAUUAUUUGCAAUUUUAUUGUUGUCCGAAUCAUUGAGCAGACCGGAUAAGGUGUGGGACAAAGUAUGGAAAUACUUGGCAGAAGACAUCCAGUAUAGGCAGCGCCUACUAUAUCAACAUCCAGAUUUGGUGUUGACUGAUGAACAAUUGCAAAAGUUUGCUUUGGUUGAGAUUGAAUAUUUAUUACAGAGUCGUGGAAAAAGUCUCCGCGAUUUUCCUCCCAUGCCAGUUCCUCCUCCGGACUCCAUGCAAUUUAAUGUGAAUAGGCUCAUAGAAGAAGAAAUGCAAUAUGACCGUGAAGCUUUGGCUGAGGAGCACAAGUCUUUGUUUCAAAAUCUAACGGAAGAACAACGCAAAGUCUAUGAUGAAGUUAUGGAAGCUAUUGACAAACGAAUUGGAGGAGUUUUCUUUGUUUAUGGAUAUGGAGGCACCGGAAAGACAUUUGUGUGGAGGACUCUCUCUGCUGCUAUACGUUCUAAAGGAGAAAUUGUAUUGAAUGUGGCUUCAAGUGGUAUUGCGUCUUUAUUGUUGCCCGGCGGUCGAACUGCACAUUCUCGAUUCGCUAUCCCACUUUCCUUGAAUGAAGAUUCAACGUGCAACAUUAAACAGGAGUAAAUAAAUUAAUAUAAAGACAUCAUUCAUUUGUGUCUUUUCUUUCAUAAACAAACUAGAGGUCACAUUGUUUAGUCAUGUGCCUUUUCUUAUGUCCC